AUGGUCUUGCAUUCAUCUAAUAAACACACUCUUCUUCAAGAAAGCAAGGCUGAACUCACCACCACUGCAACAGAUAUCUUUUCCCAAUGGUCUGCAAUUGGAAAAGCUGUAGUUCGUAGUUCCAACUCCUCCGAUGCAACUCAAAAGGCAAUCAAGUCGUUUGUGGCUACAGAUGAUGCAUUGGAUCGUACUUGCAAAAACCUCGACAGAUCGUUGGAUGAGUUGACGUUGUUGCUGAGAGGAACAGUAGAUACUCAUCGGUUGUUGGAAAUAGGAGUCAAGGAUGUUCAUCGAGGAAUUCAAGGAGUUAUUGGAGUAGAGUCUGCUGCCAACAGUAUCAGUAGUGCCAGAGAAAGCACCGCUGGUGGAGUUUCAUUACAAAAUAGUGUAGCUUCCAAAUCUAGCUUAAUAAAAUGA